AUGCGCCAAUGGUUUGCAUACCGUAUACAGGAGAGGAAGAACGAAUUACAUAGUCUCCUACUGUCGAAAAGAUUGUUCCAGAAAUUCUUAGUGGAUGCUUAUACGACAAUAGAGACUAACAAGUUAACUUAUCUCAAGUUAAAUCAGUCAACUUUGAGGGCUGCUAAUUAUAAUACGGUGAAGGAUGCUGCUAAUCAAGGCAACACAGAUUUGAAUGAUCAAGGGACCAAAUGUUACUUGCCAGCUUCUUUUGUUGGUGGACCUAGAUAUAUGAGGAAUAUGUAUCUAGAUGCAAUGGCAGUUUCAAGAAAAUUGAAUACUGAUGAUAGGCCUGAGAUUAUUAGCAGAGUGUUCAAGAUGAAGCUCAACUCUUUAAUGGAUGAUCUAACAAAGAAACAUAUGUUAGGACGGACAGUGUCAUCAAUGUAUACAAUUGAGUUCCAGAAAAGAGGACUUCCCCAUGCUCACAUUUUAUUAUGGAUGCACCCAGAUUCUAAAUUGCCAAAAUCCGAAGACAUCGACAAAAUCAUAUCUGCUGAAAUCCCAGACAAGCAUAAAGAACCUGAGCUGUAUGAGAUGGUUAAGGAAAUGAUGAUUCACGGACCAUGUGGGGCUGUCAAUAGUAAUUCACCAUGUAUGGAAGAAGGGAAAUGUACAAAGUUCUUCCCCAAAAAACAUGUUGAUCAGACAACAAUUGAUAAAGAAGGUUCUAUCAAAUAUUUAUUUAAGUAUAUUACUAAAGGACCGGAUCGUGUUUCUGUAGUUGUUGAGCCAGCUUCGACAGAAAAAGGACAGACAAGAAAAGCUAAAAAAGUCAGAAAGGAGAAUCCAGUCAAAAAUACUGAAGGUACGGGAAGUGUUGAUGAAAUAAAAGAUUUCUUCGAUGGCAAAUAUGUUUCAGCUUGCAAAGCUGGUUGGAGAAUAUUAAAAAACCCUAUAACUUACAGAUCAACUUCAGUUCAAAGGUUGUCUUUUCACCUAGAAGGGAAGCACCUAAUCUAUUUCAAGGGAGAUGAUGAAGUAGAAACUGUUUUGGAGAGGGGGGAGUUAGUAAAUUCUAUGUUCCUUGCUUGGUUUGAAUUGAACAAGGUUAACUCAUUGGCUAAAACGAAAACAUAUGUGCAAAUUUCUGAGUUUUUCACAUGGGAUGUGAAGAAAAAGAAGUUUAAUUUAAGGAAGAGACCAGGUACGGCGAUUGGAAGGAUUAACUAUGUUCCCAUAGGUUUCGAAGAUGGAUAUUAUCUACGAGUCCUUCUUAAUACUCAGACAGGUCCUGAGUGCUUUGAUGAUAUUAAAACGGUUAAAGGAGUCGUCUAUGGAACUUACAAAUAG